AAAUGAUAAUUUACAUGUAAACUGAAAUAUUAAUUUGAAAAGUCUUUUCAUCAACGUAGUGAGUCAAAGAUGGAUGCUUUGACAUUUGGUUCGCAUAGAUUGGUACAUAUUGAUCUUAAAGGAGCCCCACCUCGAGUUUCUUAUUUUGAAAAGCUAUUUCCACUUUUGAGAUCAUGGGGUGCGACAGGUUUAUUGUUAGAAUGGGAAGAUACAUUUCCUUACAAUCGGGAAUUAUCUCCAAUUGGAAGCAAUGGCCCGAGUAGUUUAACAAAUGGUUACACUACACAAGAGGCACGGCAAAUUUUACAAAUGGCAGGAGAUUCAGGAUUAGCUGUUGUUCCUUUGGUUCAAACAUUUGGUCACAUGGAGUUUGUCUUGAAACAUGACGAAUGGAGUUCAUUGAGGGAAGUGGAUCGUUUUCCCAGUUCAAUGUGUCCAUCUAAUCCAGGAUCUUUGCCACUUGUAAAAUCAUUAAUUCGACAAAUUGUCAGUUUCCAUCCAGAUAUUCAGUAUUUACAUAUUGGUGCCGAUGAAAUUUGGCACAUGGGACUAUGUUCUGUUUGUACAAAGCGUGUUAAUUCUAAUAAAGAUGGAAAAUCCUCUUUAUUUUUGGAACAUGUUGUAGGCAUAGCACAGUAUAUUAAAGAAACUUAUCCUUGUUUAAAGAUAAUCAUGUGGGACGAUAUGUUGAGAUCGAUAGAUUUACAUGUUCUAAAUGAAUUUUAUAUUGGCAAAUAUGUAGAACCAAUGAUAUGGCAUUAUAAUUCGAGAGAAAAUUUUUGUCUACCAUCAGAUAUGUGGGAUAAAUAUAGUCUCGUUUUUCCAAAUAUUUGGGCGGCAACAGCGUUUAAAGGUGCCACGGGAUCAUGUCAACACAUUCCAAUAAUAAGACAUCACAUAAGUAAUCAUGAGAGAUGGCUUGAAGAAUUAAGCACUCACGUUAAUAAGGUACAUGAAUUUCGUGGAACGGUUUUUACUGGAUGGUCGAGAUACGAUCAUUAUGCAACAAUGUGCGAAUUAUUGCCAACGGGAAUACCAUCGUUGGCAAUUUGUUUAAAAGUUUGGCUACACGGUUAUUCUGAACAAACACAUUUACAGGUUGCCAAAUCUUUGGGUUAUGUGGACCAUCCUUUACAUAUUUCACCGCAACCAAGACCAGCACCAAUACCCAGUAAUCUUUUAUUUCCCGGUUGGCAAGUUGCCGUUGGUAUCGAAUGGUUUCUUAAUUUUAAAAUCAAAUAUCACAAUAUCGUUCACAGUGAACAAAUAGCAACAUGGAUGAAUCCAUGGCAAAUUAUGAAUAAUUAUACAAAUCCAAUGCAACUUGAGAGUCUAGUACCUGCAUUCACUGACAUGGCAUUAGAAUUGUCAUCGCUCGAAGGAUAUUUACGAGUACAAAUGGAAAGUAUUUUUUUUCCAUCCACCAUUGAAGAAUGGCUUGGAACUCAUAUUCAUCCGAUGAAAAAUAAACUCAUCGAAUUAAAACAAACAACGGAAAAUCAAUUAACACGAAAUAAUCAUUGUUAAUAAUAUCAAUAAUAAUUCUUCAAAUGAAGAUUUAUUUUCAUAUUGCUGUGAAAAGAAAGAAAGAAAGAAAGAAAGAAAAACAAAGUAUCCACUAGGAGUACUUAGUUGAACUCACUAGUAAAAAUAUAUGACUUUAUUUUUUAAAUCGUGAUAUUAAAAAAAAAGAGAAUGACUGAUGAGAAAAAAUACAAAAUAAUGCACAAAAUUGUGUAAAAACGCACGAAAUCAAAAUUCAACAGCCAUGGAAAAACAAAAUCACAAUUUUGUAUACAAAUGUAAAAUCUUUUGUAAUAAUUUCAUAUUUAAUAACAAUUUUAAUUAAAAGAAAAUUUUCUUUUAAUAAAAAUUUUUAUUCUUACUAAAAUGAAUAAUACAAAAUUGUGAAGUAAUUAUUUUUUGAAUAAAACAGUUAUUUUUUUAUUGUAAAGAAAAAUUUUCACAAAAAAUAUCUAUUUAUUGCUGUUGAUAUUUGAAUUUUGUAAUACAAA